AAUAAUAAUAUGCCUACAGAAGAAGAAACGUUUUCUUUUAAGCCAAAUAAAAUCACAGGCCAGUUUAAACGGCCUUUACCGUUUAAAAUGCCAAGUCGUGAAAACAAAUCUGCACAGGCCAUGUCGUCAACUAAGUUUGGGAAGGAUCGACAAUUACGUUCUUUCAAGGAUAUUGUUUCCCAAGGACGACAGCAGGCAAGACAAUCCUCAUCAACACCCAAACCAUCUUCAAGUAAGUCUUCUUCCCAAGAGAAAGUACCUGAUGCAGCAUCCAUUCGAGAAUUAAAAGUAAUGACAAGCCGGGUCUCACCUAUGCCUACACUUUUUCCAGAGACGACUCAAGCACCUCCUCCUCCCCCUCCUCCUUUACCGAGAUGGUCUAUGCCAUUGCGAGAGACGGCAGCUUUACCCAAACCCCUUGCCGCCACGACAAAAUCAAGAACGGUGUCAAGAGAAACGACACCCUAUAUCAAGAAGGAGCCUGUGACAGAUUUGAGCUUAGGGGAUAACGAAGACGAUGAUACGAUUCAGGUGAUGGCGCAUAGUUAUAAGAAGCGGCUCGAUUUAAAGAAUCAAGCGAAUGCAGAGGCCAAUGCACGUAUUGAAAAGUUAGAAACAGAGAUGAUGAGACAAGGGGAGACAAUACGUGAAUUGAGAGGGGAGGAGAGGUUGAAUGCACGUAUUGUAGAGCAUACCUUGACGGGUUAUCUCCAUGACCAAAAGCGAUUGGAUGUGUUGACACAGGAUUCAGAGACGUUUCAAUGUAUUUUACAUAGUUUAAAAAGUUUAUUGGAAAGAGCGCAACAUGGGCGACAUGAAUCUGUGGUGGAUUAUGAGGGGUUGAGUCAGACCGUAUGCAAGGACAAGGUAAAGCUACGACAGUUGUUCAGGAUGUGUCAAAGUGUCAUGCAACGAUUGUAUGAUUUACAUACAGUGCAACUGGAGGAUUUACACGGACGCCAACAAAAAGUACAAGUAGCUUUAUCCGAAUUGAAAUCUUGGUGGACUUUAGAAUAUCAUCCUCGACUUGAUCAAGCGAAAAGUACGUUGGGGAUGUGUACAGACGUAGUGCAAGAAGUCAAUGGAGAGAUAAACAAGGUGAGCCAGCAUUUCUCUAGGUGUGUGGCCAAAUUGAAAGAAAACAAGAUGGAUGUGGAUACAGUCGUUUGUUUAUCCAGCGCUACACGAUUAAGUUUAUUCUCUGUGUAUCAACAGUUUCAACAGAUUGAUACGGAUGUACAAGAAUUGGAGGAACAAUUCAACUUGCUGAGUGAACAAAAUCAAUCGCUUAUGAAUAAAAAUGCACUUCUUAUCAAGGAAAGAAAGAAAGAAAGUGAAAUUACUGAAGAACAGCACGGGAAUUCCUCCAGAGAAAGUGCUGGAGAAGAUGUCAUUAUUAUUAAAGAGCACGAGGAAUUUUAUCAUGAAGAUCAAGAAGAAAAGAUGAAACAAAUGCAGCUCAAGGGGUCACUUUUGAAGUUGGAGAAUAAAAGAUUACAAUAUGAAAAUGAAAAGCUGACAUGGGAUAUUGAACGACGAACAUUACUUGAGCAGAAAAGUGUAUUAUUGCAACAAGUGGAACAUGGGAGAGAUAUUUUACCGACGAAAAGCUUUAGUGAUAGUCUUGUUCAAUAUACGACACCUGUAGGUGUUCGACCAGCGAAAAAAUUACUCUCAUUAUCAAGGACUCAUAAAAAGCCAAUGGAGACCUCGAUCAGAGAGACCGAUCAACAAUGGGAAAUUCCAAAGGAUACGAGUAGCUCGGGUAGUAAAUACUUUACUCGAAGAAAAGCACGAUCGUUAGUAAAUCAAGAUGCUACGAUACACAUGACGGAAGAAAUUUCAGAAGAAGAGAAAGAGCAACCCAAGAAACGACGAAAGAUCAGAAAAUUGAAUGCGCAUACAAAUGAUUUAGAGGAUUCAGACGAUGCUGAUAUUCCAAAAAAGUGGGUACUGAAAAGAAAGAAGAUUACUAAGGUGAUGGAUGCUGUGAUUCCCGAGAAUGCAAAAAAUGUGCAUAUUUCAACCAAGAAGAAGUAA